AAAGUGUAGGACAUUUAGGUCACCAGUUUGCAGUGCAGUGAGCACUUUGUCUACUGUACUCUACAGUACAUUCAUUUCUCAAGUCAAGCAUGAAAUCUUCUGGCUAUAUGCAUAACAAAAGGCCAAAUGCUGGGUAUGUGACUGAAGUUAGCCUGUAGUUAUGCCAUUCCAAUCACUCAGGACAAGUACAGUUGUAGUAGUACACAGUGGAAAUAGGACAUAUUUAAUUGGCUUGGCAGUUGGUGUAUGUUCAUUCAGUGCUCAUGUUGGAGUCAGAGAGGUUGAUACCAUACGUUAUCUCCCUCCUGCAGUUAAUCUACCUCAUGCAAAGCAAAGAGCCUUGUGGCACCCCUGUAUGGAGGACCAAAGUAUGCCUAGUACAGUACAGCCCCUUAAUGAUGAUGAAUCCCCAUUGCACGGGGACACCAGCAACACAAAGCUAAAAGAGGAACCAGAUCUUGUGAAGGUGAACGGCGAUGCACACGCCGAAGAGGAAAAUAACAUGGGACAGGAGUUGCCGCCUUCACCGUCGGACAAUGGAGAUGCUUUUCAGUGCAAGUUGUGUACCUUUAUUGCCCCUUCUGCCGAAAUCUUAGAGGAACACAGGAAUGUCCAUAUGGGACGUAAGCCAUUUAAGUGUGAAGAAUGUGGGUUUGCCAGUGCCUAUCAAAAUGCUCUAUUGCAACAUAUGCAGCUUCACAGGGAAAAUAUACAGAAGGGGCCGGAUUCGCCGUCCGAGGAGGAAAUGGACGAUCAUAGUAGCACAAAUGGCAAUGAUUCUUUGAUAGCUCAGGAAAACAUGCAGAGUAUGUUGGAGGGCGUUGAUCAGGAUGGCGUAGCACGUGGUGAUAGACAGCCAUCGGUUUAUCAAUGUAAGCUGUGUACAUACAUUGCUCCGACUAAAACGCACCUUAACGAACAUAUGAACGUGCAUUCCGGGAACAAACCGUACAAAUGUUUGGUUUGUGGAUUUAGUAGCUCAUUUCGUAGUAGUUUGAUGCGCCAUUUGAUUGUUCAUACGGGUACGGCUAAAAUGUUUAAAUGCGAUCGAUGUUUGUACCAAACACCAUAUAAGUGUAACUUGGUAACCCAUCGUAAAAAGAAGCACCCAGAAGCGAUGUACAAUGUUGAUUUUGGGUCAUUUCUAACACAAGAUGAAAUUAACCGCGAAAAUAGCACCACCAAGAUGACUAGUCCGACAAAGAAUAUGGACAUAAACAGUAUGUAUAAUCCAUCUCUUACAACUGUGUUUCCUGGUACAGUUUUGACAAACUCUGUCGGUAUAAAUCGGAUGGGUAACGUCUCGCCCAUUAUCGAUAAUAAAUACCAGCAAGCAGCCAUUGACUCUACUGCCCAACACCAUAUGGUCCAUAAUACAUUUAAUCACUCAGGUUCAUCUUCCGUACCCCUGCCAAACAGCGGUGCGACCCCAAACUCAACUUCAAACUCUUAUACUCAGGAUUUACCGAUGGCUGAUGAGGGUUCUCGUACAUCACCGGGUUCAGCGGAUGGCUACUUGCCUCAUCAUGCAAGCCGAACAAUUGGAGGCAGUGCCUCGCACAGUGAAUCUACCUCAGGAAAUAACAAUGGUACUGGUCUUAACGAGCAGGCUGUCGCUAUAGACUUUUCAAAUUCAGCACAAUUGAGUGCGGAAGAGAGUUCUGCCGCCAGCGAUAAUAGCGGACCUGUAGUCUCUGAUGUCCAGUCACUAACAAGUAGCCCCGGUGGAAUUACCUCUCCCAUUAUGUCUCCAUCUGAUAACAUUCCACCCAAUACUACUUCAGCCACGUCACCUUCAACUGUUAAUGAAAUCUCCGUCAUUACUCCGUUGCAACUCCAACAAAAAACCUACGAGGAAAUGUUAGAGAAGCCAUUUGGUGCAAAGAAACGCAAACGUAAACCAACACCACUUCCGGUUCCUUUUGGGAAACGGUACACUAUGGAGAUCAAUCGUGAGCGAGAAGCAGCGCUUGCUAGGAAAGCGUACGAGGAAGGCCUAACAGGGAGAUCCGAAGGGGAUGUCCCUUACUUAUCGUCACGCCCUAUGAAAUCCCGUAUAUUAUCAGGAAAUGCAUUUAUUACUUCUACCUCAGGAAAUAUUAAUCAUACAGAGAAUUCUUUGAAUCAAGCUGCCUCAGACAUAACUAAUACCUCAUCGUAUUCCCUCGCUAAAGCCUCGGACUACCAUCUAGGCUCCGACGAGUCACACUACAAUUACCGUUUACACCACGAGAAAGGCCCUCAUGCGAAUCAGAUGAGGAAGAGAAACGUUGAGACUCAAACGAUUCCAGGAGAUAACGAUACCGAUGAGAAUCUUGCUUCUAAGGGUAACAUACAGACCUGCCCGUAUUGUGGUACCAUGUUCCCUGAACAGGUCAUUUUUAGUCUACACAUGAGUUGCCACGGCACCGAACAUCCUUUCCAGUGUAGCAUUUGUCAGUAUGUAUGUCGUGACAAAAUCGAAUUCACUUGUCAUAUAACAAGAAGUCAGCACACCAGAUAACUUCGUGUGGCACAAAAAAAAAAAUCUUUUUUUAAAUGUUAUAUUUACUAAAUCUAGAGAUAUGGUUUAACCUACAAAGAAUGGUUUUUAAUUUCGAAAUUUUAUACCUUUAGACUUUCCUAUUUUUAGUUGAUUUUAUGAUCUUAAAAUUGUGCAACUCAAAUUUUUCUCAUUUCUGAAAUGUAGAACAAGCAAUUGAAUUUCUGUUACAAGGAUACAAAUAUGAUAUAAUGACAGAGUUAAGAUGAAAUAUAAUAUAAACUGAUGCAUUAUUUAAUAUAAAUUUAAUUGAACCUGUAAGGAUGAUCGGUCAGGGUCCUUGGUAACUGGACUUGAAUUGCAAUUGAUUAAAAACAAUUAACUUUUUUCCCUGAAAGUCAUAAUAUUUAGCCAUUCUAUUUAUAAAGAUAUUUUUUAUUUGUGUAAUCAAUCAAAUCCAGAAGAUUAACAUAUUUUGAUUGGUUACAAUCUUGAUAAGUUUGUUUUUAUUUUCUCUAAUUUACAUUUUGAUCAGCUGAUUUUUGUGCCUUUCUGAAAUCGCAACUUAAGUGAUAUAUUUAGAAGUGAACUAGAACAGGUAUUGAAAGUACCUAAAAAAACAUAUAUACAUAUUAUAUAUGAAUAUAUACAUAUUAUAUAAUGAAUGUAUAUAUCUAUAUGUAUAUAUAUAUAUAUACAUGCAGUAUAUUUAUAUAUGCGUAUGUAUGUAUAUUGAAGUUUAGGGUAGUGUUUGACACUUGUCAUGUCCUACCAUUUAUGAAACAAUUUUGGAAAACGAGAAAUGUUCUUAAAUGAGUCUAACAUAGAGAAUAUAAUGUUUUGAAUGUAAUUUCAACUUAUCUACCUCAAUUAUCUACGAUAAAAUUUUUACCUCGGUAACAUCUUGGUGACAUCUGUCACCAAAAUCACAUAAACCUGUAUGGAGUUGUAUCACUGUUUAAUACAUGGGGAUGUUUCUUCAUACCACAUUUAAUAUGUGAUAUGUAUAUAUAUAUAUAUACUCAUAUAUACAUACAUAUUUACUGAUUAUGUGUAUAUUAUGUAAUUUUAGGAAUUAUUCUGUUAGAUUUAAAGGUCAGUUUUAUAGUACUUCAAAACCAAAUUAACUUACGGUAUCUAUCCUAUAUAUUUAUAAUUUAAAAAAAAAUAUUUCAAAUAAUAUGAAAUUAUUGAUUUAAGUUACCUCCUGUGUACAAAUGUGCACAUGUUUGUAUCUAGGAAGUAUUUGCCAUAUUACCAGUGGUACUGUAUGUGUAUGGAAUUUCUCAAAGCCCUUUUCAUACUUCAUAAUGUCCAGCUUCCUCUUGCUUUAAUGUAACUUCCUCAGGGGCUUUUUUAGUUCCUGUUGAAUGGACAGAAUACCUUUAUGCAUGCUACAUUCUAUAAAAAUGUGAUUUCAAAUCAAAUCACUAAACCUGGUUGCUCGCUGGACACGUAUUUCUACCCCUACGGACUAAACUAAUUGGAGUGUUAUCCAAGUGAUGUCUCAUGAUGUCAAAUUAGUAUAUCAGUGCUCCAGAAGUAUUAGGGAUUAAACAAAAAUAUUUUAAUCUCCUAUAUAUCAUCUACAACAUUUGAAUUUCUCCAAAUAAAAAGUAAUUCAAAACACCA